UUAUUUAAUUGAUAAGAUUCAUUCAUCAAUUCUUAAAUUUAAGAAGAAAAUAAAUGAAUUUACCUGAAACUGAUUCUGAAGAUGAGCUCCCUGAAGUUUGGGAACCGAAAAUUAGUCAAGAUAAUUACGUAUUUUAUGUAAAUCAUCAAGAGAAAAUAACGCAAUGGACACAUCCGAAAACCGGAAAAUUGAAGCGAGUUUCAAGCGACUUGCCAAACGGUUGGAAAAAACGUCUAGACGAGAGUACAGGAAUAGAAAUUUUUAUUAAUCAUGAGAAUGGAAAGGAGACUUAUAUUGACCCACGACUAGCAUUCGCCACAGAAGAAGCAUCUGCUGCUGUUGGACAAAUAAGACAAAGAUUUGAUGCUAGCUCCAGAGCGUUGCAAGUUUUACAUGGAAAAGAUUUAAGCGGUAAAUUGUGCAUUAUUACGGGAGCGAAUUGUGGCAUUGGAUUCGAAACGGCUAAAUCACUGGCAUUUCAUGAGUGCCAUGUGAUUUUUGCGUGUCGUAAUAAGGAGAGUGCAGAAAAUGCUAUUCAAGCGAUAGAAAAAGAAAGACCGAGUGCUGUUGGAAAAUGUCGGUUUAUGCACGUUGAUUUGGCAUCGUUGCGAUCCGUAGUGACGUUUAUAGAAUCUGUAAAAAAGGAAGUAAAACACAUUGAUUUCUUAAUUUUAAAUGCCGGUGUGUUUGGUUUGCCAUACACAGUAACAGAAGAUGGUCUGGAAGCAACAUUCCAAAUAUCGCAUCUUUCGCAUUUUUACGUUACCAUAAAUUUAGUUCCACUCCUGGAUCAUACAAGUCGUGUAAUAGUUGUUUCAUCUGAGAGUCAUCGGUUCGCAAAUUUCCCUGAAUGUGGAGGAUUGACAGAAGAAAUUAUCUCACCACCACCUUCAAAAUACUGGAGUAUGAUGGCAUACAAUAACGCCAAACUUUGUAAUGUGCUCUUUGCUAAGGAACUUGCCAAACGACUUCAACAUAAAGGAAUCUCUGUAUUUUCUUUACAUCCUGGAAAUUUGGUUUCAAGUAAUUUGAGUCGAAAUUGGUGGCUUAUUAGGGUUCUCUUUGCAUUUGUUCGCCCCUUCACAAAGUCUUUACAACAAGCAGCCGCAACAACAGUUUAUUGUGCCACAGCUGAGGAAAUUACUGGCUUGACGGGGCUAUAUUUCAAUAACUGUUUUGUGUGUGAGCCAUCCAUACUAGCUCACAGUGAUGAGUUGUCCCAAAGUUUAUGGGAUAUCAGUGAAAAAUUAAUAAAUGAAAAGUUACAAGCGCACACCUAAUUAUGCCUCCUUACCGAUUCAUAUGAUAGUAAGUAGUAUGAUAUGUUUUGAAAUACUGUUCUAUUUAUGAUAUUUUAAAUAAAAAUGUUUAAACAAUCAAAA